AUGACACCAGUCCAGCGACUCAACUGCCUGUUUGAUGGGGAGGACGAGCUGUUGAAGAUGGACACUCGUCUCAACCAAAGAGUGCCCGAAGAGCCCACUUUCAAAGGACACUCCGAAGGAACAAAGGUAGAGAAUACCAAGACCGAGGAAUACCAACCCGAAGAAGCCCAGUCUAAGGAGGUCAAGCUCGAAGGAACAGAACCAGAGAACACCAAGCCAGAGAGUAUCCAGCUCGGGGAUCUCAAACAUGAUGACGAGCUCAAGGACGAUCGUUCUGAGGGUCUUGAAUCCCAGGAGGUCAGUUCCCAGAAACACCUACCCACCAAGAGCGACCUCGAAGGACCGGAACUCGAGGAACUUGUACUUGGCGAACUGCAGCAUGUCAGCAUAAGACCAGCGCGAGCCAAGCGCGCAGUGCUCAAGUCCGAACUGUUGGAUUCUGAAGAAAGCACGGCGACCGAUGAGUCCUUGCCUGAAGACCCUAGCGACAAGACUUUCACUCCCAUUAUCGCCCUCUCACGGUACCCAUACAAGCUCAUCAAAGACGACAGCCUAUGCCAGCAGAUAGCCAGCCGGUUCUUCGACAAGAAUCAAUUCUGGGCCCGAUCUUGGGACAUUUACUACCACUAUACGCCCUCCAGCCUGGGCUGUCGAUGCAUUCUACUCACCCCAGCCAGACACGCCCGCCGCCUCCUCGGCGAGAUUAACCGCACCUUUAAGUGCACCCUCCAACUCCCGUCGGAGCGCGACAUGGGCCUAGUCCUCUCCUUCAACAAUGAUGCAUACCCGCAGCCGAAGUUCCUGGGAACCAGCACCAACCGUGAGGCCAAGGACCGCCUGCAAGCCCGUGUGCCACCCCCCUCCGAGCGCUACCUCGACCCCUGGAAAGACCUGGGCGACGAGCACAGGGAGCUAGCCGUUGCCUACGAGGCGAUGCUGGAAGCCGCCUGCGACGCCAUGAAGAGCAAGCGAAAGACCAACGCGGCCCAGAAGCAGCAGCAACGCAUGGAGCUCGAGCACCGGCGCAAGGAGUCGCUGCUCCGCGCGCAACAGUACUUGGGGAUGCGGCCCGCGGGCACCAUCAACGAAUCCCUGAAAUACGCCCCAUUCAACAUGGACGCCGUGGCCCCGUUCGCGUUCUGGAAGGAUCCUAUCUUCGUCAGUGUGGAUGUGGAAUGGAACGAGCGCUGCAGUUCUCAGAUCACCGAGGUUGGCCUCUCGGUGCUGGAUAUGCGCAAGCUGCACGGCGUGCGGCCCUCUUCGAUGGAUGGGGUCAUUUGGCGCAGGGCCAUCCGGUCCCGUCACUUGCGCGUGCGCGAGUACAGUCAUCUUGUCAACAAUGAGUUCGUGAGGGGCUGCCCGGGGGACUUUCGGUUCGGGACCAGUGAGUUCGUGGGGCUGGAAAAACUGAAGGGGGUCGUGCAGGAGGCGUUCCAGCAGGUGGCUGUCGCCGAGAAGAAAGAGGAUGAAUCGGAAGAUCGUCAUGUGGUGCUUGUUGGCCACAGUCUCGCCGCUGAUUUGGAACACCUACGUAAAAUUGGGGUGACACUAGAGAUGGUGAAUGAUCGCUUGGAUACUGCCGGACUUGAUUGCGCUAUGCAUGCCGAUCCGCAGCAGCAGCAGCAGCCGAUGCAACCCCGAUCCUUGGGAACGGUGAUGACAGAGCUGGGCUUGGAGCCGUGGCAUCUUCACAAUGCGGGUAACGAUGCGCAUUAUGCGCUUGAGGCGUUGGUGGCUAGUAUCCUGGGAUACAAGGCUGGCAAUUGA